GGAGUAUCUACCAAAUUAAAAAUCGAAAUUUUGGCGUCUUUAUCGCGACUCGCGAGUGUCUGAAUGUAUUUGUUCUACCAUGAAAUGCGGAGGGACGAGAACGAAAAGACCAUGUCGUUAUUUAGUUAUCAGCUCACUAACAGUCUUGCUACUUGUUGAUACUACAAAUGCGAGGGAUGGUUAACGCGCUCUCCGACUGCUCCGUAGUAUUUUCAUUAUUAUCUUUAUUGGUUUGUGGCUAACAAUGCGUCGCGUCUAGUACACUGACUUUCAGCAUCGACCGGCGUAAAACACUUCAUUAGAGUAUUAGACACACGUGCAGCAACGGCAUCGAACUUGCCAUCCUAAAGACUGACUGUUUCCAUUAGUACGCUCCGGCUGCGAACCGUUACUGCCACUGUUACAUUCCAAAUUCUGAAAUACGCACCGUACCGAAAACACGAGAUCAUUAAGACGGAAAAUUAAAGUGGUUCAUCUGAUCACCGACGCCAUGGAUGUUCGUAGACGUUUGGAAUCAUUUAAUAAUAAUAGGUGGAGUUUAGAUUUUUUAACACCGCUUGAUAUGGCCAUAGCUGGUUUUACUUAUUCAGGCACUGAAGAUCGUGUUACAUGUAAUAAUUGUAAUAUAAUACUUGUUAACUGGAAGCAGGGUGAUAAUCCGUUACAAAAACAUAUUUAUCACUCUCCAAAUUGUUCAUUUAUUAAUUCAUUUACUUUAACAUUUACUUCUCGUUUGAAAUCUUUUCAUAACUGGCCUGUUAAUUUUUUAAGACCUGAUAACAUGGCUGAAGCUGGUUUUUGUUAUUUAGGCGUUAAAGAUCUUGUAAAAUGUAUUGAAUGCAAAAGAGAUUUUUGUGGAUGGUCACAGGAAAAGAAUCCGAUACAAGAGCAUAUUCUUAAAUCUCCAGAUUGUCCAUUUAUUAGUAAAUUUGUUUCAACAGUUGAUCGUCGUGUAAUGACUUUUCAUAACUGGCCCGUUAAUUUUUUAAGUGCUGACAACAUGGCUGUAGCUGGUUUUUAUUAUUUAGGCAUUGAAGAUCUCGUAAAUUGUAUUGAAUGCAAAAGAGAUUUUUGUGGAUGGUCACAGGAAAAGAAUCCGAUACAAGAGCAUAUUCUUAAAUCUCCAGAUUGUCCAUUUAUUAGUAAAUUUGUUUCAACAGUUAGCGGUCGUGUAAAAACUUUUCAUAACUGGCCUGUUGAUUUUUUAAGACCUGUUAACAUGGCUGAAGCUGGUUUUUUUUAUUUAGGUAAUGGAGAUCAGGUAAAAUGUUUUAAAUGCCUGGUAUGUAUUGAUUCAUGGCAACUAGGUGUUGUUCCAACAACUGAACAUUUGCGUAACUCUCCACUAUGUUCUCACGUUCUUAGACACAGAGAGAUUUUUGAUGUAUGUGGUCCUUUCAGCUCUGAUGAUAUUCAAAAUAAUAUACAGGCCAAAAUGAUAGAUGAUUUGUUAGAUUCUGCAGGAAUUAUAGUAAAAUUAAAACAUGUUAUGAAUAAAUAUGGACACAUGGCCUCCAUCAAAGCACGCUUGGAAUCAUUUGCUAGAUGUGUGAGAACAUUUAAACAAGAUAUUAAUACUUUGUGUGAAGCUGGGUUUUUUUAUUCUGGCAAUGGUCAGACUGAUUAUGUGACUUGUUUCUUCUGUACUGAAACUUUAAGUGAGUGGGAAGAUGCCGAUGAACCGUGGAUAGAACAUGUCAAAUGGUCGAGAACUUGUGCUUAUGUAAUAUUGAAUAAAGGCAAAAACUUUGUGGACCAAGUGCUUGGUGUGGAUAAUCACAACACAGAAUGCAACCAACUUGAGUUAUUCAACUUAAUUGCUCAACGGGAAAAUACUUAUAUUCUUGGAACUACAAUGAAAAUACAGACAUUGAAAAAACAAAUUAAUAGGUUACAUUCUCCUAAAUCUUUAAUUGGUAAAAACCAGCUGCGUCUUUCUCAAAUGCUGAAUCCUAAUUCUGUGCCAGAUUGUAUGGAAUGCAAGAUUUGCUUUAAGGAAGAAAUUAAAGUGAUUUUUGUUCCUUGCGGUCAUGCAGUUGCCUGCAUAGAAUGUGCGUUGACACUCAAACAGUGCGCUGUAUGUAGAUAUCCAUUUUCAAAAUUAAUCAGAAUAUUUUUAUCUAUGGAUAAAGACAAUUAUGAAGACCUCAAACUGCAACCGCGUGGUUCUAAAAUGUCUUCCAGUAAUAAAUUAAAUCCGAUGGUUUGCAAAACUUGUCAUAAUGAAGAUAUGUCAGCAGUAUUUUUACCCUGUAGACAUGUCUAUAAUUGUAUCAAAUGUGCAGAAGAAAUGGAUGAGUGCCCUAUAUGUACAGAAAAUGUCUUUUCCUUUAUACAGUUUUUCUUAUAAGCACAACACAUGGGCGUAUCGUUAGUGUUAGAUGAUAUGGUGUAUAAAAAAUAAUUUAAUAUAAUUUUAGAACUGUUAAAAAAUAUAUAUUAUUUUUAAAUAAGUAUAUUAAUGUAUUGACAAAUUAUUUUAUAUAACUUAUUUUUUUUUUUGCUUUAUUUUUAAGUACAACAUCAAUGUUGUACACUUUAGUACCACAUGUUUUACCAUUUCAUUUUAGUAUUUUAUGUGAAAUUGAAUAUA